AGUAACUCAGUAAAGUCUUUGAAAUUAUUGUCUUUCAAUAUCGUAACGACCCUGGGUUUAUGAGCGCGAAUCCGCGCUUAAUAACCCCAUAUACCUAUAAACCCUUAUACUGUUCGUAUAAGGAAAUAUGUUCAGCUCAUUUGCCAUUUCAGACGAGCACGCACACGGUGGGAAAUAAGCGGCAUGCACGCGCAAACUGUCUAGACUGGAGUUGGCUGCUCCUCGCGCGGGACAAGUCUUACACUGGUCGCUGGAAACCUUGUAUUCUGUUUUAUACAGGAAUAUUGAAUGAAAAAUAUCCACAGCAUGAUAAGACCAACUUAGCAGUAGGCACGCUUACAUGUAUUUAGACGGAUAAAUUCACAUUUUAUGAAGGAAGUGGACUCUUCUAUACAGACAGAUUGCAGAGUCUCAGUCAGAUGGUGAAUAACCAGAGUGAGGUGAGCAGCUGGGAGCCCUGAUGCCUGAUCUCCCUAUUUGUGUCCAGAGGUGACUGAAGGAGGGAGGCAUGUCUCUGCGGGAGUCUCCAUUCCCCAACAGCUUUGUGGAGGGCCUGCAUGCAGUGAGCUGGGGUCUUAUCCUGCCCUGCUUCUGGUUCCUGGACCGCCUCAUUGCCGUCUGCAUGUCCACCAGCCUGGAACGCACCCAGCGGCACGAGCAGGAGUGUUACCUCCACCCUCUCAAGGUGUUCUUCGGCUUCAUCAUCUUCCUCGCCCUCUUCCUGGUCAUGGCUCCCCUGGCCUUCCUGGGGUUCCUGCUUUGGGCUCCCCUCCAGGCUGCCCGAAGGCCCUUCUCCUACCACCACGAGCCCCCGUCGAGGCCAGCACCAGCUGAGGGGGAGAGGAACCUGGGCUUUGAGGCAGGGGCCAACAAGGCCACUUUUGGUUUUGCUACUGCCAACCUGUGCCUAUUGCCGGACGGAAUUGCGCGCUUCAACAACCUGGGGCACACGCAGCGCCGUGCCACCGCCAUCGGCCGGAGCAUCGUGCAGGGCGUGAACCGGCCACACAUCCGCAUCUUUGUGGACUCUCCCAGUAGCUGUGGCACCCUCAGCCCCUCCAGUAGCCUGCUCCCGGCCCCUCCACCAAGCCCUGCCUCAUACGGCGCUACAGACCCAGCCUGCCAGCCACCACCCCAGGCCCAGUCAGACGAGGCCCGCCCCGUCAUCAACACCAACCACAACUCCAACCAGCAGGACCGGAAGGGCCACAGGAACCCUCCGCGGGCCCUACGCACUCAGGGGUCGCCCAGCGCGGUCAGGCUGGACCAGGACGUGCCCUGGGAGGUGUCUUCUCUCUUCCCGGCCAACGUGGACAUCCUGUGUCUGGAGGAGGUGUUUGAUAAGAGGGCAGCUGUGAAGCUGACCAACACCCUGGGGACCCUGUUCAACCACAUACUGUAUGAUGUAGGGGUGUACGCCUGCCAGCCUCCCGGCAGCUGCUCCUCCUUUAAGUUCUUCAACAGCGGCCUGUUCCUGGCCAGCCGUUACCCAGUGCUGGAGGCCCAGUACCACUGCUUCCCUAACGCCCGGGGGGAGGAUGCCCUGGCUGCUAAAGGCCUGCUCUCUGCCAAGGUGCUAGUUGGCCAGAAUCAGAAAGAGAAGAAGCUGGUUGGAUAUUUUAACUGCACACACCUCCAUGCACCUGAAGGCAAGGAGAUCCGCUGUGAGCAGCUCAACAUGCUCACCAAGUGGAUCCAGGAGUUCCAGGUGACCAAUAGCAAGCCUGAUGAGGUGGUCGUGUUUGACGUGCUUUCUGGGGAUUUCAACUUCGACAACUGCUCACCUGAUGACAGUCUAGAACAGAAGCACAGUCUGUUUGAGGAGUACAGAGACCCCUGCAGGGCCGGGCCGGGCCAGGAGAAACCCUGGGUCAUUGGCACUUUGCUGGAACAGCCUACUCUGUAUCAUGAGGAUGUAAGGACCCCAGAGAAUCUUCAAAGGACCCUGGAGAGAGAGGAGCUGAGGAAGCAGUACAUCUCCUCUCCUGUGGCCCUGGAAGGCUGUCCCAUGGUCUACCCUGAGUUGGGUCAGCCUUGGGUGGGGCGGCGCAUCGACUACAUCCUCUACAGAGAGAGUUCCAUCUCCAAGCACUGCCGAACUGAAAUUGAGGAGUUCACCUUUGUGACUCAGCUUGCUGGCCUCACCGACCACAUUCCAGUGGGCCUGAGGCUCAAUGUGUUCCUGGACUCAGACACUGCCCAGUCCGAAUGAGUGACAACCCAAGCCUGAAUCCAUUUGGGGAGAAGGGAAAGAUAUGUUCUUCAUUCCAAAUGGCACACUAUUCCCUAUAUAGUGCACUACUUUUGACCAAAGUCCUAUGGGUGCCAUUUGGGAUGCAGGCAUCUACUAUGCACCACACACACCACACGGGUACAACAAUUACAAAGUAAACAGACCAAUGAAAAAUGCCACGGGGUUAUGCCUGGGGUGAGCUGGCAUGUAUCCUCAGUCAGAGAGAUGGGAUGGGCAUCCCAAAUGGCACUCUAUUCCGUAUAUAGCAAUGGUAAGGCAUCCCAAAUGACUCCCUAUAUAGUGCACUACAUUUGUCAGCCCUAUGAGGAAUAAGGUACAGUUUUGGACAAUACCAUUUACUGGUGGCUGCUGGAUUAAAACCAAUAUUGAUUUUCUGGUGCUGCAUACAGAGACUAAUCUAAGCUGAAUAAUGACAUGACUCACUGAGUUAUAUAUAUAUGUUGGCCUUUUCAGGUCAGGGGCAUUGGUAACUUACUUUUAUACAGUCUAUCUUACUUUUGGUAAAUUGUUGGUACUGAAAAUAUUUUAUAUUUUUUCACUCUGAUUUCACGAUAAUGCCUGUGGAAAAUAAAUGAUCUCACUGAAAUGCACCAAA